AUGCCCCCGCCGACACCCCGCGCCUCCCGCGCAAAGAAACCAACAAACUACGCCCUCGACCCGUUCAAGCACCUCGACACCGACGCCGACGCUGCCACCGACGCCGACACCGACCCAGACCCCGCAGCCAGCAGCAGUGGCGCCACCGCCAAAGACGAAGACCAAGACCAAGACGAAGACGAAGACGAAGACGAAGACCCCGCCGACCCCUCCUUCGUUGCCCGCGGCCGCACCACCGCAACCGCUGCCGUCCCCUCUCCCUCCGCCAACUCCGACUCCGAAGACUCCGAAACCUACACCGACGACGACGACGACGCCUCCUCCACCGCCACCCCGCGCCGAAAGCGCAAAGCCCGCAGCGGCAACGCCGCCCGCAUCCACAAGCCCCACGUCUUCCGCGUCAACCGCGUCGCCGGCACCCCGCCCGGCCUCCGCCGGCGCAACCGCCCCUCUGCAGCCGGCGCGUCAGACGUGCCCGGCGCGCUGCGCCCGCCGGACCCGAGCGUCAAGAUUACGUAUCGCCCCGGGUUUAUCAAGAGCACGGGGAAGCGCGAGAGGAUCAUUACGACGUAUGGGCAGAAUAAUGAGAUCUUGGUGAAGGCGAUUGGGGUGAGGGAUGAGUAUAUUGGCUUGCCGGCGGUGCCGGAGAGGAGGGGGUUGAGGGAGGGGGAGAGGGAGAGGUAUUUGCCGCUGGUGCCGGAGGAGGUGUUGAAGUGUAUUGUGAGGGGGGAGGUGGUGGAGUUUGGCAGGUUUGGGGUGUGGAUGAAGGGGAAGGCGGUGGUGUUGAAUGCGGGCGGGCAUGUUACGGGCAUGGAGUGGGCGCCGAGUAGGGAGGAGGGCAGCCAAUACCUCCUCCUCUCCACCAAACACGACAGCACCUUCGCCCCCUCCCCGCCACCCCCACGGGCACCCACCGCCGCCCGCGAAACACCCCCCGCAUUCGAGCGCGCACCGGGCCCCUCCUGCAUCCAAGUCUGGCGCUUCCCCACCGACGCCGCCACGGGCACCACCUCCACCGGCCCCCCAAACCUGCAGCUCGCCCUCUGCCACGACUGGGGCUACGCAUCGUGCCUCAAGUUCCACCAGGCCCCGCGCGAGAACGCGGAUGAGCGCGACCUCGGCCUGCUGGCUGCUGUGUUUAGGGAUGGGAACAUCAGGGUUAUACAGGUGCGCCUGCCGGAGCAGACGGCGGAGGAGGAAGCGGGGGGUGCUACUGCGUUCGUCAAGGUGACAACACCAGCCUACACCCUCUCCCUCGACGCCACCCUCUGCACAACCCUCACCUGGCUCACCCCGCACAGCCUCAUCGCCGGCUGCUCCAACGGCUUCCUCUCCGCCUGGGACCUGACCCGCCACCCCUCCACGCCCUACCUCUACACGCCCGUGCACCAGACCUACAUCGCCGCCAUCGCCUCCUGCUUCCCCAGCUUCCCCACACACAUCGUCACGGCCUCGCUCGACGGGUACUGCCGCAUCACGAGCCUGCUCGAUCCAUACACCGACACGGUCGUCAACAACCGCAGCCGCAUCGCGCCGACGAGCAUCUGCUGGGUGGACGCGGUGAGCGCGGCGGUCAGUAGUGAGGAGGGGGCCUGGGUCAAGUUUUAUCCGCUGCGCAGGUUCUUUUCGGCCACGACGGUGUGUAAGCAUAGUGGUGUGGUGAAUGCGGUGGCGGGGAGUGCGGUGCAUGCGUUUUUGGUGAGUGGCGGGAGUGAGGGGGAGUGUGCGUUUAGUAAUCCGGUGAGGAGGACGUUUCAUGGCAAGAUUAAAAACUACCAGCAGACAUGGUUCCAGCUCGAAUACGCGCGCAAGAGCAACAUGUUCCGCAUGAGCGAGGGCUUCAAGCUCGAGGAGUUUGAGACCAAGAGCGAGAAGCUCAAGCGGCGGCAGAACAACACUGCGCUUGUACACUCCACGGCGUAUCCGGAGCAGUCGAAUAUUACGCAGGCGUGCUGGAAUCAGAACCUUGUGGCCGGUGGAUGGGCUGCGGCGGGGAUGGCGUGUGGGCUGGUGAGGGUGGAGGAUGUCGCGAUUGAUGACUAG